AUGCAGCACUACGGAGUGAAUGGUUACUCUCUGCACGCCAUGAACUCUCUGAGCGCCAUGUACAACCUUCAUCAACAGGCCGCCCAGCAUGCGCAGCACGCGCCAGACUACCGGCCCUCCGUACAUGCGCUCACGCUCGCGGAGAGACUGGCAGACAUCAUCUUGGAGGCGCGCUACGGCUCUCAGCACAGAAAGCAGCGCCGCAGCCGCACAGCCUUCACCGCGCAGCAGCUGGAGGCGCUGGAGAAAACUUUCCAGAAAACUCACUACCCUGAUGUGGUCAUGCGAGAACGUCUGGCCAUGUGCACCAACCUCCCCGAAGCUCGAGUACAGGUGUGGUUUAAAAACCGUCGUGCGAAGUUCCGCAAGAAGCAGCGCAGCCUGCAGAAAGAGCAGCUUCAGCGGCUGAAGGAUUCUGGGACGGAGGGAGCCCAGGAAGAGGGGAAAGAAGAAGCUCCACCUGUUGAGGCUCAAGGCCCGCCCUCCCCUUCAGAUGGGCGUGACCCCACAUGCCCCCCUCCCUGUGAGUUGAGUGAAGAGGUGAAUGUCACCUCACCGGAACAGUCAGGGGCGGAGUCAGGGGCUGAGGACAUGACUGACAGAGAGGAUGAGUCACUGUCCAUCAAAGAUGAAACAAAAGAGGCGGGGCCAACCCUGACGACAGACGACAGUUCACCUUCUUGCAAACCAAUCAGCCCUAAAUCAGAUGAGCCGCUGGGUUCUCCAGCUCUUCCCUCCUCCAUUGGCGUCGGCAGUGGAGUGACUCAGACCAAUUCCUACGCUUCAUCUCCUCUCAGUUUGUUCCGUCUGCAGGAACAGUUUCGGCAGCACAUGGCCGCCACCAACAAUCAAAAAUUCUACGCCAUCUUCAACCAUGAAAUUUGGUCAAAUUGACCCAGAAACAUCACAAUCGUAACAAAUUUUAUGCAAAUUCCACAGCCCUACUACCAGAGCCUGUCCCAGGCCCAGCAGAUGUGGAGCAGCCCUCUGCUGCAGGGCUCCGGUGCUCUACCGGCCCUCAACAGCAAAACCACAAGCAUCGAGAACCUGCGUCUGAGGGCCAAACAGCAUGCUGCAUCACUCGGCUUGGACACGCUUCCAAACUGACCACUGAUUUAUGCAAA